GCUAUUGUGCCUUUGACGGGUUGCCUGCCAUCAGAGGGAAUCUGUUCAGUUGGCUAGCGGAACAACAGCAGCAGCGGCAGCAGCGGAUGGUUCAGAUUCGGCUUCGGUUGCCAUCCUCAAACCGAGAUUUCUUUCCACUUUCUGUUUCUGUGUGAAAGGUGACCUUGUCUUGUAUGGAAUGACAACCUCACAGAGAUAUAUUGACUCCAAACCAGCGGCUCGGUUCGCUGACAUGGAGUGGCAGACACCAGCUGUGUCGGAGAAGUUCCAAAGCCGUUUUGGCCGCCGGCCUGGAACAUCGGAUAGUGGGGACACUGGUCUUGGCACCUCAGCAUCUGACAGUACAGAAGAUUUCUGCAGUACCACCAGCAGCAGCCCCCCUUUCCAGCCUAUCCGCAGUCAGAUCCCCAUACCCACUGCACAUGUCAUGCCAUCCACGGCCGGAGCCCCGGCCUCUAAGCCCCAGUCAUGUUUCCAUGAGGACUCCCUGUCCUCUGAGGGACACAGGUCUUCGUCUGGCUCCAGAACCCCAAGUGGCUCCACCUCAAAGUCUUCCUCUCUCUCCAAAUCAGCAUCUUCGCCCAACUUGGAUGCUCAGGUUGGUGUGGGAGGUGAUUUCGUGGGGCCAAAACCAGACUGCCUGAGCCGCUACCGCAGCCUCGUCAAUGGACUGGACCACUCACUUUUCCCUUCGGAUCACACGCGCGUGGACGAGGGCCAGAGGUUUGACACUCCUGCUGUGGAGCCUACGCUAAAUCAGUCAGUGCUGCUAGGGGGGUUAUGCCCUGAUGUCAGACUCCGAUUACAAGCUACUGGGAUUAGAGACCCCUCAGACUGUGUGUCUGAGGCCUACAGAGGAGGCAUGGAGCACAGCUAUAAAGUUCUGCCUGAGGCAAGGCCUGGGGUUCCCGGCACAGCAGAAACCUCUAAUCAGAGGGGCGGUCAGUCUGGUACGGCUGGAUCUCCUGGAGUUUAUGCAAACCCUCUGAGCCUGCAGACACAGGCUCUGCUGAGGGAGCAUGCAGGCACCAAGGGUUACGAUCCACUGCGGCAGGACAGAUGCGGUGAAAUGUCCAGCUGGCAGCAACAACAGCAACAUAAGCAGCAACUGGAGAGUUUACGCCUGCAAGUGGAACAAAUGCAGCUGAUGAGUGCUGGAGUGGGUCAGUACCCAUCUCUGUACUCUACGCCAACUCACUCAGAUUCUGGCAAGUGGGAUGCUCUGGUCAAAGCCAGUGAGAGUUUGCUGAAGGAGAAGGAGCUCAUCAUUGAGAGACAAAAGCAGCAUAUGAUCCAGUUGGAGCAGCGUCUGAGGGAAAGUGAGCUGCAGGUCCAAGGAGCACUCCUGGGCAGAGGAGCUUCUUACGGGGAUAUGUUCAUGCUGCGGCUGCAGGAGGCUCAGAGGGAGAACGUGUUCUUGAGGGCGCAGUUUACUGAGCGCACCGACUGUGCCGCCCUUGAAAAGGCGGAGGCAGAGCGCAGGCUGGGGGCAGUCGAGGCCGAGACGCGCCGACUGACUGACAGCCUGAAGGAGGCUUGUGAGAGACACUCAGAGGAGAUGAAGAAACAGGAAGAGAGGAUCCGCAGUCGAGACAAGCACAUCAACAACCUAAAGAAGAAGUGUCAGAAGGAAUCUGAACUGAAGAGAGAGAACCAGCAGCGUAUCGAGACUCUGGAGCGCUAUCUAGCUGACCUGCCCACCUUGGAGGACUACCAGGGCCAGAACAAGCAGCUUCUAGAGGCUGAACAGCAGGUCGCUCAGCUCCAGGAUAAAGUAAAAGAGUUGGAGGUCUGUCUGGAGACGACGCGCUCACAACUACGGGAAAAAGAUGCACAUCUGGACGACCAGAAACGCAGGGAGAGAGACCUGCUGACCACCAUUACUGACAUGCAGCAGCGGGUGCAGCAGGGCCUGGAGGAUGGAGCCAGACUGCCUUCACUGGAUAUUGAGAAGCUCAGAGGAGAGAACAACACUCUGAGAGAGGAGCAGCAGAGACUGAAAAAGGUCAUUGAGAAGCAGCACAGGAUGAUGGAGCAGCUCGGCUCCCAGAUCCAGGCUUUGGAGGAGCAGAUAUCUCAGGAAGAGAACAGCUCUCAGGCUCUCAGAGAAGAGGUGCUGGCCAAAGAGCAGAAUGUGUUAGAACUCCACACAGCCAUGAAGGAGCUGUCGGUCCAAAACCAGGAACUGAUGGAGCAGAAUCUGACCCUGCAGGAGCAAAUGAGCGAUGGGGAGGAGAAAAGCACCAGUCAGGCCUCCUCUGCUCUGCAGCCAGCAGGGGCUCGCCUCACACAGAAGCUUCAUAUAGAAAUUGCUUCCUGCCUCAGUGACUUGCGCUCACUGUGCAGCAUCCUGACCCAGAGAGCGCAGGGACAAGACCCCAACCUCUCCCUGCUGCUCGGCCUCACAUCGCCCCCUCCGGUGGCAGAGCAGGCAGAGAACUGGAUGAGUCCAGAGGUGCUACAGAAGAAGCUGGUUGAAGCUCAGCAGCUCCGUCGAGACGUUGAGGAGCUGCGCAAUGUGAUACUGGACCGUUACGCGCAGGACAUGGGAGAAAACUGCAUCACCCAAUAACCUCGCCACCCAGGUGACGGAAGGAACUCUCAUUAAGCCCCACUUCACCUCUGAAGUAUCUAAAACGGGCUUGUCUUUCAGUUACUGAAUGUCAGACAGAGAACUGGAUUUUAAUUUCCUUAAAAUGAGGACAGAGGAAAGCCCAAAUGGUUUAGCUCCUCCUCAGACAGACUGUACAUCAAUUCUCAAGCCUGCCUGUAGCUCAGAUCCCUCCCAUCCCCCUCCCCGGUGAGUUCAUCUAUUUCAGUCCAAGGGCUAACAGAAAAUAACUUACCUCUAAUACUUGAUCCUCUUAAGCAUUGUAUGUGCGUGUGUGUGUGGUUUUUUUUUUGUUUUUGUUUUUUUUUUUAAAAUGAUGACAUGAUACUGUCCGUUACCAAACAGUCUUAUACUUUCUGUUCCACUCUAGUGGAUAAGUAUUUGUGUAGAAGUCCCACAAAUAUAAUUUAUUUAAAUCUCAAUUUCCCUCUCGAGGGGAAUUAUUCAAGAAGUGGUUGACAAUCAACUGAAACUAUUUUGCUUUUUAGUGAAUUCACAAGGAACAUGUUACUGACACGCCAUUAUUUAAAAUGGUGUAACAUGAGACUCUGCUGUGAGGUGUAGGACUCGACAAAUACCAAAUCAGCUUCUCGCACCGAAAGGCCUCCCAACAGUUUUAUUACCAAAGAAACUCUGGCCGAAGCAGCCUGUGAAUGUCUGUGAACGCUUCUCUCUGCUGCAGGCCUCGUUCUGAAUGAACGCCAACCAUGUGCCUUCCUGUCACGUUUGCAACCACAAUGCUAAUUCAUUUUUAGACCAACCACAAAGGGCUGUUUGCAGCUGACUCUUCCAAUAUGACCUUUCUCUCAGUGUAUCAACCAGUAGGAUAGUCAAUACAUUCCCUGACUCUGAAUGUAGCAGAUAACUUUGGGCUCGUGGUCGCCCCCCACACUGUUUUGUUUUUUUUGUCCCUGGUAGAUAAACUAAGUUAGCUGAACCUCUUCAGUCUGUGUGACGUUUGUAGAAUCUGAAAACUUCACAGUAUACUGUUUAUUCAGGUUGAUAUGACUGACUUGCAUUUGACAGUAUUAAUCUUCAGUAUUAUUUAUUUUCUUUGUUUGCAUUGACAACUCAGUGAGUCCCCCCUAAUGUGUUUCUGACUCUAACAACGUGCUAAUGUGUCCACAACGUGUAAAGGUCCCAUGAAGUGUCUUUAAGAUAGUUCUCUACUCCUGUGGUUUUAUGUGUCGUAUUAGAUUAAAUGUUUGGAUGUUGAAUUUAAUGUCAGGAGGGACAAAGAUUUGCAGGUGGCAGUGGGACGUGUUUUGAUCCCACAUGAUGAUGAUGAUGAUGAUGAUGAUGAUGAGAAGAGGGGCUGGCUGGAUCACCCCAAAAUCAUUGAUCACAUUGGUACUGGAUGGAAUAAGCCAUUUUAAAAAAAAAACCUAAACUUGACACUUUACAGGAAGAGAAAGGGAUUUUAAUAUGAAAAAUAUGCAACAAUGACCUUUUUAUGGACAAAAGUCACACAGAACAACACACCCAGGGACACACAAGCCAUUUUUCAUUUCAUGGGACCUUUUUUAAAAACUCGAUUAGCACAAGAUUUGUCUUUGGAAAGUCAGGCUCCGCAUGCCUUAACAUCUCAAAUGUUUUUGCAAAAGGGAAAAAAGAUGUUUAUAUUUUCAUACUUUUGUCCUCGUUUGUAUUUGCAUAUUUUAGAAAUAAAGAUUUUCAACAUUA